GUAAAGAGUAUCAUAUUCACAUGGCCCAUAAACUAAGGCCGUGGUGUUUCAAAUGCAAAGCAUACGGACACCUGAGCUCGGACACUUCAUGUGCACAGAACCCUCAAAAGAGGAGCAGAGCAUCAGUGUUGGAAGCGGAGUGAGGGAGCUGCUGCAAAAGGCGGGGGAAGUAGCUCGGGUAUGCCGAAACCAGAACCAGCAAGAGUUCGGCAAAUCGGUCGCCAACUUCCAGGAUUAUAUCGAGCGGGAGAACAGGAAGAAAGAGGAGAAAGAACGGCGUAAACAGGAGAAGAUGGAGAGACAACACCGGGAAGAAAUGGAGCGCCAAGCGAGGGAGAAAGCACGCAUAGCUAAAGAGAGACGUAUCGUGAAGAAGCAGGCAAAGAUUAAGAAGGCGGAGGAGGAAAAAAUGGAGUUGAGUAAGGCGAUGCGCCUGCAAUUAGCAGUAUGCGUGGGAGGCCUGAGAGAACAGAUGCAAGAAGAGAUGCGGAGGAGCAUGGAAGCGUUCAACGCUAUCAUUAAAGGGAAACAAGCAGCGGCAUCGCCAACAUCAACACCACCGGGAUCGCCGACAUCGUAUACCAGUAAUUUGGAAGCAAGCGAGGUCGAGGAGAUUAGCCAGAGGGCGAAAGACUUGACAAUCGGGGAUAAGCGGAAGAGGAGUCCGAACGCUACCAUCGGGAACAGUCCAUCGAUGGAAGUCUCCCCUACCCAAGUCAGCUUUCGUCUACAUGAGGUGGAUGGAGUGCACCCGAUUCUCUGUAAUGGAAACAACAUACCUAAGACGCGGCAUCCUGAUCGAAUGAAUCUUCUGAGACGCGAGAUCGAAAAAGCUUUUGGGCGUUGGGGGAACGACGGAGGGCGAACAUUAUGUGUGACUAGUGAAGAGGUCAGAUCCUACUUGAUUAGCAGUGAAACGUCGGGCGAUAUCAGCCUGGAUAUCGAGGUCGUGAAGGAGACUAGGAGGAGAUUCGAAGGGUUAGUUUUGACACCCCGAGAUAGGAAUCCAGGGGAAACCUAUGUGAUGUGCCCUUACCUUUACUUUGAAGCAAUGAUGGGUACUUUCGUCAUCAAUCCCGGGUAUGAAGUGGUACAGCAGAGUGAGGAGGAAGUCAAGGAGACGGUCCAUAUGGCUUUCAAGAAGGAGGCGAUUCCGUCCGAUCUGUCCAUCGUACUCGGACCAGCAACGAGGACCGGAAAAUGUGUAGCCAAGGCCCUGAACCACAUGUUGUUCCAUCUGCCAGCACUAUGGCACUUCAACCUGAGAUCAGUCUCUGAGGUGACCAUGCGCAUUGAGAAGAUAAACAAGAAAUGUGAUGCCAAGCCGAACUCUGCGGUGCAGCUGACUGCCAUGUCCUACGACGUUAAGGACAUGUUCAGUAAGCUGUCGCACCACGAUAUCAUGGAGGCAGUUACCUGGAUCAUUGACCACUACGUUAGUAAAGGACAGGACACCAUCCGGGUGAAUACAAGAGGGAAAGGGUGUACGUUUGGACGGACAACAGGGGCCGACCAUUGGAGGGCAAUGAAGCUGAGUGAUAUUAAGGAUUUCGUCAGCGUUGACUUGGAGCAUACAUAUGUGUAUGCAACAGGGGUGCUCCUAGGCAUUCCGAUGGGCAAAAGUACAAGCCUACCGUUGGCGUGCAUACUGUGCACAUACUCCGAGUUCAAAUUCCUUAGCAGUCUGGGAAAUCUGAGGAGAAGAGUGUAUGGAUUAAGGCUGAUGGAUGACGUCAGCCUGAUCAUCGAUGUAGGAAGGGGGAUGGGAAGUGCAACCGAGGAGAGGAUCAGAAGCAGCUUUGAGAGCUGCUAUCCGGGCAACCUGACGCUUAAGAGGACUGAUGAGGGUAACGGGAUGUGGGAUUUCCUAGGAUUGGAGAUGUGCGUGAGGGAUGUGUCACCGCAUGUGAGCAGCGUGCAAGUUUCGAAGAACGAGAAGCCGGUAUGGACUACUGAGUCGCUGGAAUUUAAGUGCGGGCAGAGCUACCGAUCAUGGGGAAGUAAGCAGGCGAAGAGUGCAGUAGUAGCAAGCUACCUGCACCGCAUUGACAGCAAUACGGCUUUGCGGUCCGAGAUACCACUGGCAUGGCGUGUCCUCACGCUCAGCAGAGAACUGAGACUGAAAGAUUUUCCAGGGGAAUUUGUAAACAGGACACUGAAGCGGUUCAGUACUGGAAGGGGUGAGAUCUGGGGACUGACGCGAGAUUGGAUAUGUGAUACAUAGAUGCUGCAGAAAAACUGCGAGUGUGGUAGCAUAUAGGAACUAGUGUCUGUGGUGCAUGGGCAAUGCAGUUUAGCUGAUGGUUUACAAAAUGUUAACAAAGGCUUUAACUAAUA